AUGGCUUCGGCAUCUUUCCGAGACUCGCUGGGUUCUCUAGGAUGGUCCCGCCGAGAAGCGGAAAUUCCUGUCAACACGUCCCAACAGCGCGGUCUACUAUCAUCCAUCAAGUCUCUCAACCCCUUCGGCAACGGUGGCUAUGUUCAACUACCAACAACUGAAGGCCCCGGUGCUGUUCUCCCAGCACCUACCCGUCGGGAAGAGGAAGAAGGCUGGUUUGUUUUGAGCCGGUGGGACCGCAUGUUGAUUUUCGCUGCUUGCAAUCUGGGCGCGCUGGCCUGCUUCGUCUUGGCCUUCGCCUUGUUCCCAGUGUUGUCGCUAAAGCCGCGCAAACUCGUGAUCUUAUGGACACUCGGCUCGAUACUCUUCAUUACGUCCUUUGCGGCUAUGAUGGGACCAUGGGCGUACUUUAGGCACCUGACCUCUGGUACAAGGUUGCCUUUUACAUCGGCCUACUUUGGCUCUUUGAUUCUGACCAUGUACUUUGCUCUUAGCCUGCACAGCACGAUCCUCACCCUCCUUUCCGCCAUUGUCCAGAUGGCGGCUCUGAUCUGGUACCUUGUCAGCUACUUCCCUAUGGGCUCGGAUGGUCUUCGCGUUGCGACGUCCUUCGCUGCCGGCAGAGCCGCCGCCUGGAUGUCUGGGUAA